AUGGCAUCAAAGAUCGAUUUAAAUGCUGUUAAAUGCAAGACACUUACAUGGCAAGCUCUUCAACGUGCUCCAACAUAUUUUGAAACGGUUAAUGGAGGACGUGAGGAAGCGACUGAUGUUAUACUUCUCGUCAGCGACGGGGUUACCUACCCUAGAAGGAAGGCAUAUAAGACAAUUGCAGCUGCCCAACAAUUCAAACUAAUAUAUGAACUAUUAAUUUUUGCUUUGCCAAACCAAUAUGGAAACGAUGGGCUUGGUGAGUUGGAAACUAUGGCAAAUGAUGUCAGUGGGAGAAUAUUAAAACCCGGUCAAUUUGAACAAUUACCAAGAUAUGUAAAGAAACUCAGGAGGGCGCUAUGCGCUGUCAGGAAACCAGAAGAUACGACAACAAAACCGACAUUACCGCCAAUUGUGUUGACCCCUGAUAAAAAGGUGACAUCAAAUCCGACGCGUGAACCCGGAUCUUUUACUGACAGUACUACCGUGGAACGACGGAUUGUUGAUCCACAAGAUGAAGGGCUAAUUUCAAUAACAUCAACGGACGCCACAACACCCGACGACCAGACAGUUAAGCCAACUCGACACACCAAAAUACUCCCUGACAGUACCACCACGGCAUCGAGAGAUGGUCCCAUACAGGGAGGAGAACCAUUAAUCCCAUCAACAGAUGCCACAACACCCGACGACCAGACAGUUAAACCAGCUAGUGUUUUAUGUCCAUUUGGGUUCCAUGAUGAAACGCACAAAGACUCUUGCCAAAUAUUUAUGUCUGCUUGUGACUUAGAAAACGAAAAGUGUUGCGGCUGUGGCUUUGCAUUUGCCCAUCCAGACAAUGGGACAUUGCCGCAGUGGCCAACUACUGUGUUGUAUCAAGGAAAGUGUUAUUGCGAAUUGUGUUUGAAUCCUGGCUGUAUUCCUCCACACAUAAAGGACAAAUGGGCCAAGGAAAAGAGGCAAUGGGAAAAAUCACGAAAUAGUAUUCGUUCAAAUAACUUAUAUCGAAGAAGGAAUUGAAGGUUUGGAAUAGAUUCCUGAAUCUCCAAAGGAAACAAUGGAAUUCGAACUAGUUUAAUCUACAAGAGAACGGUGAUAUUCCGGCUUUUGUAUACAGGGUGUUUUAUAUGUAUGCACCCCCCAUAAACUCAUACAUGUAG